AACCAAGUCUUGGAGAAUUUCUAGAGAAAUAUGUUGCCUUGGGAAAAAGUUUAUGGCUAAGUAUACAUUGCUCUUUUCUCUUUUCCAGGAGUUUCAUCAGUUACAUGGAAUCAGGAAACCAAACACGUGUUUCAGAAUUCAUCCUUUUGGGACUCUCAGAAGAGGCAGAGCUGCAGCCCCUCCUCUUUGGGCUAUUUCUGUCCAUGUACCUGAUCACCUUAAUUGGGAACCUACUGAUCAUCCUGGCCAUCAUCACAGACUCCCACCUCCACACACCCAUGUACUUCUUCCUCUCUAACCUCUCUUUUGCAGACAUCUGUUUUAUUUCCUCCACUGUCCCAAAGAUGCUGCUGAACAUCCAGGUGCAGAGCAAAGUUAUUACCUAUGAGGGCUGCAUCACCCAGAUGUAUUUUUUCAUGCUCUUUGGAGGAUUAGACAUUUUCCUCUUGACAGUGACGGCCUAUGACCGGUUUGUGGCUAUCUGUCACCCUCUGCACUACAAGAUCAUUAUGAACCCUAAAUUCUGUGGCCUCUUGCUUCUGACAUCCUGGUUAUUAACUGUUCUGUGCUCUCUAUCACAUGGUUUAAUGGUUUUAAGAUUGUCUUUUUGUACAGAGUUGGAAAUCCCCCACUUUUUCUGUGAACUUAAUCAGGUAGUCCAACUUGCUUGUUCUGACACCUUCCUCAAUGACUUGGUGAUGUAUUUUACAACUGGACUUGAGGGUUUUAUUCCACUCACUGGAAUCCUUUUCUCUUACACUAAGAUUAUGUCCUCCAUUUUGAGAAUUUCAUCUGCUGGAGGCAAGUACAAAGCCUUUACCACUUGUGGGUCUCACCUCUCGGUUGUCUCCUUGUUCUAUGGUACAGUACUUGGAAUAUAUCUCAGUUCUGCUGGUACCCAAACCUCCAAGGCCAGAACAAUAGCUUCAGUGAUGUACACUGUGGCCACCCCCAUGUUAAACCCCUUUAUAUACAGUCUUAGAAACAAGGACAUAAAGCAGGCUCUGAAAAAAGUUUUCAGCUGAGAAAUAUUCUCUAUAUAAUGGAAUCAUUUUUCUCAAGAUUAGAGAACUGCUCAUGAACAACAGAGCUCCAAAUCACGAAGACCUAAAUCAUGAUACUUCAUCACUUCCUAAAUCUGCAUUAUUUUCAGAAUUCGAUCUCCUUGAUUUUAACACAUUAUAAACAAUUGUUUCAACGUAUUUCUUUCAAAACUUUUUAUUAACACCAAAAUCUUCCCUUCAGCAAGCAAUUCAUUUAGGGUGAGUGGAGAUGACUCAUUAUGAAACAGAUCUUUCACUGCUAGCCAUGCAGUACCAGGGAACAGCAUCACCAUUGUCCUCAAUGCCAACAAGUUGGGAUAUCAAUUUCCAGAUUCUUUUUUUGGAAAGUCUGUUUCUUCUAAUCAGUUCUGGUAUGAAAUGUUUGACUUCUAUGGGUUAUUUUUUAUAAACAGAAAUCUUGUUAAGUAUUUUGAGCAGAAACUUUGUACACGUGUACUUAUUAAAUUAUGGAAAGGACUUAUUAAAUUAUGUCCUUCAAGUAUUGGGAAUGACUCUUAGAACAACACUGAAAACCAAACCAGUUAAGAGCGUUGGUGCCUUCUCUAUCAUCAGGAAGGAGGUGGAAUCAAGAAGUCUCCACUGAAAUUAUUGGCUCCACAAACACAAUGCAUUUUUUGCAAUGCAGGUAGUAGGAAUCUUUUGUUAUAAUUGUUAGCUCAAGACUCACUGUGCCUACUAGAUCUGCACAUGUUUAACAAAGGGUAGACACUUCACUCCUUGACACCCAUGAUGGUACUGACAUGGAAA